GCCAUUGGUUGCCAGUCAGUUGUUGUAGUUACAAAUAGGCUAGCUACAGGAAGACUUUUUAUGAUGGCUAGCUAGCUAACUGUGGUUCUUCGAAUACAGAAGUUUAUCCUAUGCUGAAGAGUUGGUAGACGGUGAGAGCUGGAGAUGCCCACCGUCAUAACCCCAGAUACCUGACUCAAAGCAGAUUUCGUCAGGAGGUACUUCCCCCUUCACUGUGGUGGAAAUGCCAACUGUGAUCCGGGAUAAAGAGGAUUCCGAGUCCUCCUCAGAGGACGAGCAAGAGGACCAUCCUUGCAUUGCCUGGAGUGGCCUCAGCAGGAAGAUCCCAGUCCUGGUGUUCUUUGCUGAAGCCAUCGUCUCUAAAGAUGGAAACAUCCGUUCUGUUGGAGAACGGUACAACCUGGCCUUCAAGAUUGUGCGCACGGAGAGCCGGCUGGUUCGUGGCUUACUGACCACUCAUGGAUUCCAUGAGAUCCAUCCAAACAGUAAUGACUUCAACCUCAUGUGGACGGGGUCUCACCUCAAGCCUUACCUCCUACGCAGCCUUCAAGACUUCCAGAAGGUCAACCACUUUCCCAGGUCAUAUGAACUGACGCGCAAAGAUCGGCUGUAUAAAAACAUCCAGCGGAUGCAGCAGUCUCACGGCUUUAAAAACUUCCACAUCGUCCCUCAGACCUUUGUGCUUCCCUCAGAGUACCAGGAGUUCUGUAGUUCUUUCGUCAAGGACCAGGGUCCCUGGAUCAUUAAGCCAGUAGCAUCUUCAAGAGGACGAGGGAUCUACCUGGUCAGCAAUCCCACCCAGAUUCCAAUGGAUGAGAACAUCUUAGUUUCUCGCUACAUCAAUAACCCAUUACUGAUUGACGACUUCAAGUUUGAUGUGCGGUUGUAUGUGCUGGUGACAUCAUAUGAUCCACUCACUAUCUAUCUCUAUGAGGAGGGCCUGGCCAGGUUUGCCACUGUGAAGUAUGACUGUGGCACAAAGAACAUCAAGAACCAGUUCAUGCAUCUCACCAACUACAGCGUGAACAAGAAGAGCAGUGACUAUGUCAGUUGUGAUGACCCUGAAGUGGAGGAUUAUGGGAACAAAUGGAGCAUGAGUGCAAUGCUGCGGUAUUUGAAGCAGGAGGGAAAAGACACCACAUUGCUGAUGAGUCAGGUGGAGGACCUGGUGAUCAAGGCUGUGUUGAGCGCUGAGCUGCAGAUAGCCACUGCCUGCAAGAUGUUUGUGCCCCACAGGAACAACUGCUUCGAACUGUAUGGCUUUGAUGUGCUCAUCGACUCCAACCUCAAACCAUGGCUCCUAGAGGUCAACCUCUCUCCCUCCCUGGCCUGCGAUGCUCCUCUGGAUCUGAAGAUAAAGGCCAGCAUGAUAUCAGACAUGUUUUCUAUUGUGGGCUUUGUUUGUCAGGACCCCCUGCUACGACAACCCCGCUCUGAACGGGUGGCUCUGGACCCGGGCCUGAAGUACCCAGCCCACAAAGCACAGCGUCCUUUAUCUGCUCAGUCCGCCAUUGCACCCUCCAGAGUGCGGCAGAGACCCCUGUCAGCCAACAACACUGACACAGACGGGCCUAAGGAGAAGCCAGGAAGUAAACAGGGGGACAGCACUCUGGGCCUGACUGCUGAGGAGUUGAAAGUCCUGAGGAGGAUAAGAGAGGAGCACGAGAGACGAGGGGGGUUCAUCCGAAUCUUCCCCACCCCAGAGACAUGGGAACUGUAUAGUGGCUAUCUGGAGUAUAAGACAUCGAUGAACUCCAUGUUGGCUAACAGACUUUUCCAUGGAAGAUUGGGGAAAGCGGUGGGGACCUCAAGAUCACGGAAGCUGAAUGGUAAUGUGCAGCUGCAGGUGGAUGUGUUCCAUGCGUGUCACGUGAUCCAGUACGAGAGGAAGCUGUUGUCGCUGGAGGCGCGGAGGCGGAGGCUGCGCCACCUGGCAGAGCACUCCGCCAUGGGGAGGAAAAGAGCAGCGAGGGGUCGCAAGGCCUCCCCUACUGGGACCAGUGACGAGGAGGAUGUUGAAGAGGGGGAGGAGAGGGUUCAGGAGGAAGAGGAGAAGGAUAAGAAAGCCCUGGGUUCGUUAGUGGUGCAGACUGACAGUGUGCCCACCUCACUGAAGCGGUUCCACAAUGAGGCCCUGUCCUCAGCAGAACCGGCCCGAUGCAUCACCGCCAUUACCAAACCCAAAGUCAACCUGCUCCACAUCCUCCAGCAGGGCUGGGACCUCAGUAAGGUCCAGGCUCGAAUGGCCUUCUCCUCCUAUCUCCUUCGGGUGCAGAUGAGGCUACUCGCAGAGAGCAGGACUAUCGCAAACUCCGCCUGGCCAGAGAAGGACAAUGAGCAAAUGGAGCUGGUGAUCCGCUUCCUGAAGCGUGCGGCCAGUAACCUUCAGCAGGACAUGAGGAUGGUCCUGCCCAGUCGCCAGCUCCCCCUCCAGGAUCGCCGACGCAUCCUGUCCCACCAGCUAGGAGAGUUCAUCCACUGCUACAACAAGGAGACAGAGCAUAUGGUGAAGAAAGUGGAGAAGAUCAAAGACCAGGAACAUUGUAUCAACCCCAGUGUGUUUCAGGAGUUUAUAGCUGAGGCAAGUGAAAGUGAUCUGGAGGAGGUCCUGACAUUCUACACACACAAAAACAAAUCAGCCAGUGUCUUUUUGGGAACCAAAUGUCGGAGCACUAAACCUGACAAUAGCAACAGCCUAGGUUCAAGAGAGCCAGCUACCACAGAGAACCAGAAAACUUUGCCCGUGGCAAAAGAGGGCUCCAGCGCCUCUGAGUCCUCAACGUCUGAAGUCAGAAACAGCACAGACCAGGCCAGUGUAGUCCAACCCACUGCUGACCAACCCACCGUAGAGCAACCGGCUGCAGCCCUCAGAAGUAGUAAACAACCCGAGGUCCAGGCCUCCCAGCACUCCUCCAGCUUUCCAGCUGCCUUAGACUGUGGCCACAUCCACCUGCAGCACUACUCUCACCCCCAGAACCCACCCCAGUCUCUGCCCCUGCACUGCCCCCCACCACCCCCAUCUCAGCCCCCAUCCUACGACCAGUCCCACUUUCGCCUCCACUCCCCUCGCCAGCUAGAAACCCCUCCACAGCCCCAGGCCUCUGUGUUCUCCUCAGCCUCGACCCUUGUCCCCCAGCCCCCUCGGGUAAUAUGGGCAGCUGCCCGCCCUGGUCCCACCACAGUCUCAGCACCACCAGUCUCCCAGGUCCUAAGGCAGGUCCAGUCCUUUACCUCCACCUCCUCUGCGGCUGCAGCCUCGUCCUCCAUGCCUGGUGCCAUCCACAUCUACAGCCAGAAGCUCUCCAGGCCCACCUCUGCAGGUCAAGCAAUCAGAAGGACUGCCUCCAGCCGGCCCAGACCAGAUCCAAAUGGGGUCUUUAAGGACCUGGACUCACUGCCUGCUCAGGCACAGUCCAACCAACAAGCCAUAGUCUCAGCCCUGCAGAAACUGGCAGAGAAGCAGGCUGCCCGCCAGUACAAUAGCUCCAGCCACAUCACUCUCCUAACACAACACUUGACCAACCUGAACCUGACUAACAGGGUGCUGAGCAGAGGGGCCAUCACCCUGGCCCCAGCAGUGCGGCAUGGUCAUGGGACUGGAGCUGUGACCCAGCGGCCUGUCAGGGCUGUCCACUCUGACACAGGGCCCAUCCACAGCACUACUGGCCCCAGGGUGUUGAGAGAUGAGGAGGGUCUUUGGGAUGGGGAGACCCAGAGUGCCUACAACCUGGUGAGAGGCGUCAGCCCCCAGCAGCGCUACCAGCCCAUCCCAGGCAGCUACCAGCUCCAGUUCGCCAUCCAGCAGCUGCAGCAGCAGAAGUUCCAGUCCCGCCAACUGCUUGACCAGAGCCGCACCCGUCACCAGGCCAUGUUGGCUGCUAAGGCCAUGAUGCCACACCUAUCCUGUGACGGCUCCUUGGCCCCAGGCUCCCACCGGCCCAUCCUCCUCCAGUCCACCAGUGACCCACCCAGGCCGCCAGAACCACAGCCACGCCUGCGCAGGCCCAGGACACAUCCUCAACCCCAAACCACCCAGCAGUGCCAGGGAGGGCCUGGUCAGGAAGACAGCCACCCAACGCCUCAACAAGUCUUUCUGGGUACAGCAAACUGUUUCAGGGACAGGGGUCCAAGCUCAGAUGACAGCGAGAUAACAAGAGAAAGGACGGGAGCUAUAGCACACCAUCUUGCCGACAGAGGUGUCUCUGCAUGUGACCACAGGUGCAUGCUGGGUAGGAAACAACUUAAGGAUCCCACUGCUGUGACUGUAUGUCUGACAUCACACCAGGCCCUGUUACUGUUUCUAUAUGAAGGAGACAUGCAAGAGGAUAGCCUGCCCUUUCAGGAAUCCCUGGGCCUGACGCAGGUCGGGAUCUGUUGCACAGGCCAAGACUUUCCAGUGGCUUUCUGUAUCACCCCACCCCCCCAGCCCCAACUCCAUAACCCUAUCGCAGCAGUUGUCAUCCCUCAUUCUCCCCAUGCUGUCUGUCUGUCUAUGCCAUGGAAAGACUUCAGUGACAGACACCCAGCAACAGCUGGUUCCCACCAGAGGCCCCAUGGGCACAAUCACUGGAGCUCAGAGUAUAGUCUUAAUACAUUAUAGCAAUUACUGUACAGCCAGAGAGAUGUGCUUUAUCACCCCCUUCUGUCUCAUUUUAAAGACAUGUUUGCGGUGUAGGGAAGUUUGGGUACAAGAGAGAAACUGCAAUUGACCAAUAUUUUAGAGAUUGUCUCAAUGAUCUUGUUUUACUGAGAAAUGAGCAAGUAAAGGAAGUGUUGUCUGGUGAGGCAGGCUUGAUGUUGUGCUUGGGAACCAACCAUCCCAUUCCCUCAUGAAUUAACUUAUCAGAGAGUAUCACAAACAGUUGCCAAUCCAGUUAUUUUUGGUAUGCUGUGGUAUUCCUCUCUCUUCACGAAGACUUGUUACAUUGGCUAGCAGGACACUUGAAUGAGUUGUAUUGUUGCCUUUACAGUUCUCAUGUUUGCACUCCCUUGUUUGUCUAUACUCUACAGUAACAGUAUAUACCAGACUUUUCCCACUAUGAACUGUAACGAGGUGUACACCUGUUAUACUGACAUUCUUUGUGCGCUCUGGCUUAGUAAUGUGCAGUAUACUGUUAGACCUGCACAGUAAUGUUUUUAUCUGGCUUUAACUCAAUUGUAUGUUACACAAUACCUUGCAGUCAGUCGUUUCGGACUGUAAUGCAAUGACAAUGUUGUCCAUUUGUAGUGUGUGCUCUUUUACAACCUGAGGGGAAAAAGCUAUCGAAUGUCUGUCUCAUGGCCCCUGUGUGCAGAGCAUGGUGAUGAAGGGGCCUACCUAUGCAAUGCCAUCUUGUGUAGUAAAUGUACUCAACCCUCCUUUCCACAGAGGAUUCUACCUGGAACCCAAAAAGGUUAUUCAAAGGGUUCUGCUAUGGGGACAGCCGAAGAACCCUUUUUUCUAAGAGUGUAUGCCAGCAUGCUGUUAUCUCGAGUACAAACUGGGGAAGAACAUAUGCAGCAGUGGGUUGGGUUAUGUAUUAUUGAAAGGGAAUACUAAGUUAGUGGGUUAUUAAUAGCCUUUUACAUGUGUCUCCCCAACUGCUGUAUUGUGAGGACCAAACAGUGUGGGAACCAUCAGUGACCAUUUGCAAGCAAGACCAUUAAUAUCAGUAGCAAUAUGUUUAUUAUGCCAGUGUCGUCUAUAUGUACUGUAAAUGGUUGCAUUGUAUAUAAUUUAAUUUAAAGGUUGUCAAUCAAAUCAGUUUCCUGCACCUCAAAGUGAACUAGGGCCUAGUUCAAUCAGAUCCAGCGUUAACUGGCGAUAGCCGACACCAGGGUGUUUUGGCGGGCUCGGGGGUGAGCCCGCCAAAACGGCAUUGAGCUCAACUGCAUUGAGCUGUCAAAUCGGUGAGCAGCUGCUCUUGUGGUGAUUGUCACAAAGCCAAACCCGUCCCACUCGCGUUAGAAGUUAAGAAUGAGAAAGUGCAGGCUAUAUAGAAAUAGUGACGUUCAAAUUGAAAAUCAUUAAACAAAAUGAGGAUUUCUAUCAGCCUAAUCGAGGUGUAGACUACAUCUCACAUUCCAGUGUUUGAACUUGUUAACGCUGCAUGGGAAUCAUUUCAGUGCGACUUGGUGCAGCCAAUGGCAAUGUCCACUUUGGGUAUAAUGCCGGGAGCCGUUGUGGAUUUGAGCGCUUUAACGUAGUUCCACCUCCGACACGUCAAAACAUCAUCUAUGCGGAUUUGGCUAAAGAGGAUCUGAUUGAAUCUGGCUCUUCGUUACUAGGAUCUCAAUAUGGAUAGCGGUUGAGCUGGGCCUAAAUGCAUAAUUUAUACUGAUACCCACAAAAGAUGAUUAUCUAGAGAUUUUGAAAAAAAAUAUACAUCUGUUCGUCCAAGACCAUUUUUAAUUUAAAAAAAAGUGUUUAAGAGUAAUAGCAAUAAACUUUUACAGUUUGUGAGCUAGUGAAGUGUUCACCUAGUGACAUACAUUGUCUU